GCGGCCCUCACUUAUUUUCCAACAACUUAAUUGUGAUCACUUUCCAUUAAUCGGAUGGUCUAUUAUAUAAAUACUUGUAUCCAUCCAGAAAUUAUAUAUUUCUAGAUCCAAGCAAGCAACAUGUUGUUGGUAAUUCUAUGUGUUUCAUUGCUACCUUUUGCUUUUGCAUCCAUCAACACAACUUGUCUUCCUCCCGAAGAAGUGGAUGCACUGAGGGAGAUUGGAAGACAGCUUGGUAAAGAUUGGGAUUUUAGACAGGAUCCAUGUCGUGGUUGGGAGAUUUCUAGCGAUGGAGAACACGAGAAUAAUGUCACUUGCAACCUGGAAUCAAACCACACGAUAUGCCAUGUCGUUAGCAUAAGCCUGAAAGGACAAAGCCUAUCAGGCAUUCUCCCAGUGGAAUUCGUCAAUCUUCCAUACCUCCUGAAUUUAGACUUAGCGCGCAACUGUCUCAGGGGCACCAUCCCUCCACAAUGGGGUUCCAUGCAGCGAAUUGUAGACAUUUCUCUUCUUGUGAAUCGUUUAAACGGAUCAAUCCCAAAGGAACUCGGAAACAUCAGCACAUUGAAAUCUUUAUCCGUAGAGGACAACAUGAUGUCCGGAGCAAUUCCUGAUGACCUUGGGAAUCUUACAAGCAUUGAGAGAUUAGUACUGAGCUCCAACUUUUUCACCGGGAAAUUGCCUUUAUCAUUUGCAAAUAUGAUCAAUAUGACGGAGUUUCGGAUUAGCGGUAACAACUUCUCUGGGAAGAUACCAGAUUUCAUUGGAGAAUGGACAAGUCUCACAACCUUAAGGAUUCAGGCCAGUGGAUUGGAGGGACCAAUACCUUCUAGCAUUACUCUCUUGGACAGCCUAACAGACUUGAGAAUCAGUGACUUGAGAGGACCAGACACCGUUUGUCCACCCUUUAGUAAUACAGCGCGUUUCAAGCACCUGUUCUUGAGGAGCUGCAAUUUAAUAGGCCAGUUACCAGUCUUACCACAAUCUCUUGCCUCAAGUCUGAAAGUCUUAGACUUCAGCUUUAACAAGCUUAACGGAUCCAUCCCUACAAGUUUCUCUGAACUAAAUGAUACAGAUUAUAUCUAUCUUACUGGAAACUUGCUAUCUGGAAAUGUGCCUGAUUGGAUGCUCAGUGUUGGGAAAAAAAUUGAUUUGUCGUACAACAAUUUUACAUAUAAUAACCCUCCCAGCUGUCAUGUGCGGGAAACGAACCUGUUUGCUUCGUUUUCAGAUGAUACCAUCUCUAAGAAGGUCUCAUGCUUGCGUAGCAGUGAUUGUCAAACAAAUUGGUCUUCCAUGUAUAUCGAUUGUGGCGGGGAUGGAUUAAGCAUUGGAAAUGAUUCUUAUGAAAGUGACUUGGAAGAUGGUGGUGCUUCAUUUUUCACAUCAACUGAAAGUCGAUGGGGAUUUAGCAACACUGGUCAAUUUUUGGGUAAUGAUGUCAGCGUUGAUAAUUAUACCGUGAAAAAUACUUCUAGACUCUUGAUGAACAACCCGGGAUUGUACAUGAGUGCACGAGUCUCAUCUUUAUCUUUGACAUAUUAUGGUUUUUGUUUGGUUAAUGGAAGCUACAAUGUAAGCCUUCACUUUGCCGAGAUCAUUUUUACUGAUGAUGAGACAUAUAGCAGCCUUGGGAGGCGUGUAUUCGAUAUCUACAUUCAGGGUGAACGGGUGGAGAUGGAUUUUGAUAUCAGUAAUGAAGCAGGUGGGGUUGGGAAAGAAAUUGUGAAAAGUUAUACGGUAAAUGUUAACGCUACUUUGUUUAUCCGACUCAGUUGGGCUGGGAAAGGAACAACCAGUAUACCAUCACGAGGAGUAUAUGGUCCUCUUAUUUCAGCUAUUUCUGUGAAGUCAAAUUUUUGGGUUCCACCUAAAGAUGGACCUCUGCAGGGAAAUGGAAAUGGUGUGUCUGCAGGGACAGUGGCUGGAAUUGUGGUUGGAACACUUUGCCUUAUCAUCUUAAUUCUUGGAGCUUUAUGGUGGAGGGGUUGUUUAAGAUGCAGAAAUGCAAUGCAACUAGAGCUUAAUGGUCUAGAGCUUAACACUUGUACCUUUACAUUGAGGCAAAUUAAAACCGCAACAAACAAUUUUGAUGUUGCUAAUAAGAUUGGAGAAGGCGGUUUUGGCUCUGUUUACAAGGGAAUAUUGCCAGAUGGCACCUUAAUAGCAGUAAAACAGCUUUCCUCUAGAUCAAAGCAAGGAAAUAGGGAGUUCUUGAAUGAGUUGGGCAUGAUUUCUGCUUUGCAACACCCACAUCUUGUGAAGCUCCAUGGAUGUUGUAUUGAAGGAAACCAGUUGCUGCUAGCGUAUGAAUAUAUGGAAAAUAACAGUCUUGCUUGUGCUUUAUAUGGGCCUAAAGAAUGGCAAUUGGAACUUAACUGGCCAACAAGAUAUAGGAUAUGCCUCCAAAUAGCGAAAGGUCUUGCUUUUCUCCAUGAAGAAUCAAGAUUAAAGAUUGUGCACAGAGACAUUAAAACAACAAAUGUGCUGCUUGAUAAGAAUUUAAAUGCCAAAAUUUCUGAUUUUGGUUUAGCUAAGCUUGAUGAAGACGAUAACACCCAUAUAAGCACCCGUAUUGCUGGAACCUAUGGAUAUAUGGCUCCCGAAUAUGCAUUACGUGGUUACCUCACAGAUAAAGCAGACGUCUAUAGCUAUGGAAUUGUCCUCCUGGAGAUCGUGAGCGGGACUAGUAACAUUCCUGAUAGGACAAAGGAGAAUAAUUUUGUUCUUAUUGAUCGGGCCAUAUCGUUGAAAACCACGGGUAAUUUGAUGGAGUUAGUUGACCCGAAGCUGAAUUCCAAAUACGACAUUCAAGAGAUGAUGGUUGUUAUAAAUUUAGCCAUUUUGUGCAUUGCAAUCUCUCCAAUCAAUAGGCCAACAAUGUCAUCAGUGGUUAGCAUGCUCGAAGGAAGAAUAGUUCCUCAAGAAUAUGUUGUUGAACAAGGUGUCCAAGCGGCUGAAAUAGACCCUCACACAAUGAUGAAGCAACAUAAGGAUACAAACGAGAGCCAGAUCACGAAAAUGUCAAUCCGGUGCAACGAUUCCUCAAAAUCUGUUGUUGAUUUGUACCCAGUUGACGGUUUUAGUGACAUUUAAAUUACAUUAUAGAAAGAUCGAUAUAAUUGUAGACAUUUUUAGUAACAUGUAUGUUAUUUUUGGUUAUUUUUUAUGUGAUAAUAUUAUUUGGUUU